AUGUUAUAAGAAGAUAAUUAAAUAGAGAAAGAAGUGAAAAAGACAAAGCGAAAAGUAAAGAAGAAGAAAGAUUAAUUGAUAAUAAAUGUUUCUGGUAAAAUGGUGUAAAUAAAUAUGUAUAGAUUCUUAAUAUCCAGUAAUACGAUAUGUUGGUAAAAAGAUGUUAAAUUGGAUUGUUUAAACAGAUGAAAAUGCAACAAAUUGGGAUAUUUGGUGGACUGAUGGAGCAGUAUUUUCUGAUUUAUUAGGUCGAAUGAAUGGUAGAAAAUUAAAUAAGAAUAAAUUUAGCAUAUUAGAAAGUUAAUCAUUUUCCUGGGAUGUAUAGUUUAGCAAGAAAGAAUCAUUUGGGAAGGAACUUAAUGAAAAUGUACAAAUAAUUUCCUUAGGCUUACAAUUAUUUUCCUUAAACAUGGUUAUUGCCAGCAGAAUUAAGUGAUUUUAGGACAAAUGUUGGUAAGAAUAGAACAUUUAUUAUAAAACCAGAGGCAUCUUGUUAAGGUAAAGGAAUAAUGUUAGUAAAGGAUGCUGAAGGUUUAUCAAUAAAUGAGCAUUAUGUUGCAUAACGUUAUUUAAGUAAACCUUAUUUAAUUGAUGGAUUAAAGUUUGAUUUAAGAAUAUAUGUGCUUUUAGCUGGGUGUGAUCCAUUAAGAAUUUAUAUAUUUAAAGAAGGAUUGGCUAGAUUUGCAACAGAGACAUAUAAAAAACCAUGUAAAGAUAAUUUAGAUAAUAUUUGUAUGCAUUUAACAAAUUAUGCUGUAAAUAAAGAUAAUGAAAAUUUUAUAUUUAAUGAGAGUGAUUAAUAAAUGGAUAUAGGACAUAAGAGAAGUAUGACAAGUGUUUUUGAAUUAUUAAGAAGUAGAGGUGAGAAUGUAGAUUAAUUAUGGAUUACAAUAAAGAAAAUGAUGAUUAAAACAUUUUGUGCUGUUUAACCAAUAUUGGCUCAUUAAUAUAAAUCUUGUUAACCAAAUAACCAUAUGAAUAAUAUGUGUUUUGAAGUACUAGGAAUGGAUGUUAUUUUAGAUUCAAAAUUGAAACCAUACUUAUUGGAAGUUAAUCAUUCUCCAAGUUUUACUACUGAUACACCUUUGGAUGCAACAAUAAAGAGAUAAUUGAUAUCUUAAUCUUUAAUUUUGAUGAAUUGUACAUAAUAAGCAAAAUAAGAGAUUAUUCUGUAGGAAAGAUAAAUUCUGUAAUAAAGAAUGUUAACAGGAAAACCAAUUAAACUUACUAUUGAGGAAAGAUAGAAAUUAAUUAGAGAAUGUUAAGGAAUAAGAGAUUAAUAUGAAAAUUAGAAUUUAGGAAAUUUUGAGAAGGUUUACCCUAUGAGAGAUUAUGAUGAGGAUUAUGAGAAGUUUAUUGAAUAUGCUGGUAAAUUGUAUGAAGAUUCAACAGGAACAAGUAUUAUUAGAUUAUAUUUUAUAGAUUCAAAAAAGAUUCAAUAAUUAUAAUAGUAAUAAAAGAGAUUUGAGAAGAGUGAAUUUAAAUCAGAAUGUCAAUUAAAGCCUCUUGAUUUUAGAUCAGAUUAAAAAAUACCUGAGUGUAAGACUGAAAUAGUGAGAUUAAAGAGUGAGAAAUCAUAGGAAUUAUAGAAGAUUAUAAGAAAGGAGGCAAAAACAACUAUUGGGAGUUAAGAUUGCAUUAGAAAUUUAAGAUUCAGUAGUCUAAAACCAUAAUAGAGAGCUAUACUAUAGUAGGAAAGAUAGAAGAGAAGUAAUAAAGUACUUAGUUAAGGUACAUAUAUUAUACCGAAAUUACUAUUGCUGAGUGAUAAUAAUAAAGCUAAUGCUUUUUGA